GUACUCGAUGUGAAAACAUGAAGAAAAGUGAAACAUCUGAGAAUAAUUGUGAGAACAUCUCCAAUGUACGAGUCUUCUUGUCUUGCCGUAAGACACACGAACUGCGACGGCCAUCUUGUGAUUGACACCAGAGGCGGGACUGAUCACGUGACUUCCUGGUUCGCCGGGAGGAGUCGCCAGUAAGUGUGUCCGACUGGAGAGCUUCAUUUUGGGCUAGACUAAAACACAAACAUGCGUCAUUUACAGACCAUGCUGGUCCCCCAUCAAGUCUGCUUUCACUUCGGUUUCUGUUAACUGAAGGCUUUAAUGGCCCCUGCAAGGAUCUGGCUCCAGAGGGCCCACUGCCAGCCCGAUGCAGACCCUGCACAGGACCAGGAGAGGGAGGAGUACUGGGGAGAGCUGUUUGACCAGCUGGAUGUCAACAAAGAUGGAUGCAUUGACAUAGAUGAACUGCGCAAAGGCCUGGCGGGCCGAGGGCUGUCCAAAGCUUCAUUUGAGAAGAUUGUGGAGGCAGGGGACAUCAACCAGGAUGGAGUGCUUGACUUUGAGGAGUUCACCCAGUAUCUUCGUACUCAUGAAGAGCAGCUCAAACUCAUGUUUCAUAACCUGGACAAGAACAAAGAUGGUCUUAUCGACGCUGCAGAGAUCCAGCAGUCUCUCCACGCUGUUGGCUUGAAAAUCAGCCUAAGGGCCGCAACCAAGAUUUUAAAAAGUAUAGACAAGGACGGGACCAUGACCAUUGACUGGAAUGAGUGGCGUGACUACUUCCUGUUUAACCCACUCACAAACAUGGAGGAUGUGGCACGCUACUGGAAACGUUCAAUGAUGCUGGAUUUAGGCGAGCAGCUGACCAUUCCAGAUGAAUUUUCAGAAGAGGAGAAGAAGUCUGGUUAUGUGUGGCGACAGUUAAUGGCGGGAGCUUUGGCCGGAUCAGUAUCACGGAGUGGGACUGCCCCAUUAGACCGGCUCAAAGUAUUCCGACAGGUUUAUGGUUCGUCAAUGUUUAGAGGCAAUGUGCUGAGUGGUUUUCAGUACAUGGUGAAAGAAGGAGGAGUGCAGUCCUUUUGGAGAGGCAAUGGUAUCAAUGUCCUUAAAAUUGCCCCAGAGACCGCAAUCAAGUUUACAGCUUAUGAACAGAUCAAGCUCGUAAUGUGUGGCAGAAAGGAUACCAAAAAUCUCAGGGUUUAUGAGAGAUUUCUUGCUGGCUCUUUGGCUGGGGCAAUAGCUCAGACAGCCAUCUACCCAUUGGAGGUCCUGAAGACUCGUCUCACACUAAGAAAAACAGGCCAAUUCUCAGGAAUGACUGACUGUGCCAAGCAAAUCUUGCAGAUGGAAGGCAUUGCGGCCUUCUACAAGGGUUAUGUUCCCAACAUAUUAAGCAUUGUGCCAUACGCCGGCAUUGACCUGGCAGUCUACGAGACUCUAAAGUUUGCUUGGCUGAAUAGGAACAGAGGCGUGGCUGACCCAGGGGUCAUGGUACUGGUUGGCUGUGGUGCCGUCUCCAGUACCUGUGGGCAGCUGGCAAGUUACCCUCUUGCAUUGAUCCGCACCCGAAUGCAAGCACAAGACUCCGUGAAAGGAUCCCCUAAGCUUUCCAUGUCCACCCUGAUUCACACCAUUGUCACCCGAGAGGGUGUAGCAGGUCUUUAUCGUGGAAUUUCCCCCAAUUUGCUGAAAGUCAUCCCUGCUGUCAGCGUGUCCUACGUGGCGUACGAAUAUACAAGGAUAGCCCUGGGAGUGGAUGUGGAGGGUAGGCGGGGGAGUAGAGGGAAAGUGUAGAUGGUUUGUUGUGGUUUUCGUCUGCGAGAACAUACAGAUCUGUUGAAACCUGCAUGAGGAAAUGGACCUUGACAAUGGAUGAACUCACCGACCUGUGAUUGUAAGCCUUGAGGAUGGAAAAAUAGCAAAAGAGAUUUGACAUCCCUGCCUUUGGAUGACUUCACCUGACCUGGCAGCUGUUGUGAACAGUUGAAUGUGUGAGUUGCAUUGCACGGCAUGCCAGCAGUUGUUACCUGCGUGAAAAGUAACAAACUUGCCGUCAAGACUUGCAUGGACUUACCUGAAAGGCAACAGGUAGAAUGUGUACCGUGAGGCAUGGUGUGUAUUGGAAAGCGCAAGAGGGUUAUACAGCCUUUUCUCUCACUCACAGGUGAACUGUAGAGAAGAUGGAUGGCUUGCAGAACCACCAAUCCAGCAUCAAAACAUGUGUUUUAGACUUAUAUAAAGUGGGCUGAAAUGAUCCAAACACUGAAGCAGAGAACAGAAGAAAACUUAACUCAAAAACUGUGGUCAUCCAAAUGGAUAUAUGGAGAUUUUUUUAUUUAUUUAUUUAUAGAUUCAUGUAAGAUUUUCAAUUUUUACAACACAUUUACAGCAGUAUACAUUAAAAUGUUGGCAAUGUAAA